UUCGCCAUGGAAUCGCGUCCUCUGCACAUAGCAAUGUACCCAUGGUUGGCCAUGGGUCACCAAACCGCGUUCCUCCACCUCUGCAACAAGCUAGCCAAAAGGGGUCACAGAAUCUCCUUCAUCACCCCCUCAAAGGCACAAGCCAAGUUAGAACCCUUCAACCUUCACCCAAACCUUAUCACCUUUGUUCCCAUCACUGUUUCCCACGUUGAAGGGCUUCCCCAUGAUGCACAAACCACCGCAGAUGUCUCAUACCCUCUUCAUACCCACAUCAUGACAGCCAUGGACUUAACACAACACGACCUAGAAACCCUCCUUAGUGAUCUCAAACCCCAUCUUGUCUUCUACGACUUCACACACUGGAUGCCAAAGCUAGCCAAGAGUUUAGGCAUCAAAGGUGUGCACUAUUGCACUGCUAGCUCUGUCAUGGUGGGUUACACUCUCCCACCUGUGAGAUACUAUCAUGGGACACAACUUUCUGAGAGUGACCUCAUGGAACCCCCCGAAGGGUACCCUGAUUCCUCCAUCAAGCUUUUCUCACACGAGGCACGUGCCUUUGCUGGGAAGAGAAAGGAAACGUUUGGGAGUGAUGUUCUUUUCUAUGAUCGCCAGUUCAUUGCUAUGAAUGAGGCUGAUGUGUUGGCUUACAGGACUUGUAGGGAAGUUGAAGGGCCUUAUCUUGAUUACAUUGGGAAGCAGUUCAACAAGCCUGUGCUUUGCACUGGUCCCGUUAUUCUGGACCCACCAACUUCUCAAUUGGAGGAGAAGUUUGAGACGUGGCUUGGAGGGUUUGAGGCUGGCUCAGUGGUUUAUUGCUGCUUUGGGAGUGAGUGCACUUUGAGGCCAAACCAGUUUCAUGAGUUGUUGUUAGGGCUUGAGAUUACCAACAAGCCUUUUUUGGCUGCUUUGAAGGCCCCACUAGGGUUUGAGACAGUGGAGGAGGCAAUGCCUGAGGGGUUUCAAGAGAGGGUUGAAGGGAGAGGGUUUGUGUGGGGAGGGUGGGUUCUGCAGCAGCUGAUUCUGGCACACCCUUCUGUGGGGUGCUUCAUUACUCAUUGUGGAUCAGGGUCACUGUCUGAGGCAUUGGUGAAUAAGUGCCAGCUUGUGUUGUUGCCUAAUGUUGGGGACCAGAUUCUGAAUGCAAGGAUGAUGGGGAACAACUUGGAGGUUGGUGUGGAAGUGGAGAAAGAUGAGGAGGGGGUGUACUGCAAGGAGAGUGUGUGCAAAGCUGUGAGCAUUGUGAUGGAUGAUGAGAAUGAAAUUAGCAAGAAAGUUAGGGAAAAUCAUAGUAGGCUCAGGGAUUUACUGCUUGACAAGGAUUUGGAGUCCUCUUAUGUUGACAACUUCUGCAUGAAGCUUCAAGAGAUUGUUGAGGGAGGUGGUUUGACUUGUACCAGUGAUAGUUGUUGAGUUUGAUGAUAUAUCGUACAUGAUUUACAUAAAUUGCAGUGGCUGUAAAAAGCUUCAAUUUACAUUGAAGAAGAUAAGUGGUGGUAGUCUUUUGUGAAACUGUGCAAUUAAUAUAGCAUUGAACUAGUAAACUUUCAGCUUUUGGGUUAUA